UGGUAUAGGCUGCCGGAUAUGCGAAAGAAACGUUCUUGGACGGCUGCGGCUGCUCUACCAGACGGGCGGCUAUUCCUAUUUGGCGGUGUAGGCGGCGACAAUUCGGUUGAAUUCUGCUGUUUGACGGGCUGGCGAAAAACCAGAUCUUCCAAAACAGACGCCUUUUGGCGAGAAGCCGCGCCGAUGGAUUGGUGCUGUGCGGAGCGUUACGGGCUGGCUGCAACGGUUUUCCAACAGAACAUCUUAGUGGCAGGCGGUGCGCCAAAAAAUGAAAAAGCGGUGCAGGUAUUUCAUCCACCCGCCGUCGGCAAAGAUGCACUCGGACAAUGGACUCAACUUAAUGCACAGAAGCUAAACAAGGAGCGCGUUGUCUUCUCGCUCCUUGUUUACCAGGGCAGGAUUUUUGCCCUUGGUAGUUGUUUUAGCAGUGUGGUUGGUUUCGGGGCAGAGUGUACUUUUCAGGCUAUACCCUAA